AUGUAACUGAACAAUGGGCCUCGUCUGGAACUUUUUCAUCUUACAAAGGGGCCGAUCGGCCCGUCCAGGUGGCCGAGGAUUUGCCGCCUGUUGAGUCCGGGCCGCCCCGAGCGUCAGCCUCGAGUGCGGCAUCGAUAACGCGGUUUGCGAGGAUGCUGGAGGGUACUGGCUCGGCCACCUGACACCUCCCGAGCCAUAUGGUGCCUUUUAAACGCGGUGAUCGGGCCUGUAAUUUGGGCGGCGCAGGCAGAAGGAGUUAAAAAAAAAAUUGUCCUGCGCUGAUCGUGUCGUGUCGUGUGGCGUUGAUGGGGGGAAAGUCUGGGGCAUGCAGGGAGACUGCGCUUGUACUUGGGAGUAAAGGCUGGCCUUCCAAGCAUUUGCAGUCCUAGAAACUCAUCCUUAUCCGUAAGUCCAGGUAGCGCUGAAGCCUCUUUCUGGACAAGGUCUUGGCCUAGCGUUUGUUUAUAUCGUUGGGUUUGCAGUGCCCAGAGUUUGGCCGACCUCCGUGCGAUUAGGAACAUCCUACUGUUGAUAAGGUAUCUUAAAGAAGGAGGUGUUCAGCACCUGUGUUUUGAAUGGCCUUCCAGUACUCUGCAGAUUACCACUUAUAAAACUGCGGAUUUUAAAGCUGAUACUUCCAGAGAUUAAGACAAGCCUCGCAUUUGUAAGAUUAAUAUGGAAAAUGCACCUUUUAAAAGUUUGCUCUCCAAAGCUCGAGGAAUUGAUUCCAGCUCUGUGAAGCUCCGGGGUAGUUCUCUCUUCAUGGAUACAGAAAAAUCAGGAAAAAGGGAAUUUGAUGUGCGACAGACUCCUCAAGUGAAUAUUAAUCCUUUUACUCCGGAUUCUUUGUUGCUUCAUUCCUCAGGACAGUGUCGUCGUAGAAAGAGAACAUAUUGGAAUGAUUCCUUUGGUGAAGACAUGGAAGCCAGUGAUUAUGAGCUUGAAGAUGAAACAAGACCUGCUAAGAGAAUUACAAUUACUGAAAGCAAUAUGAAGUCCCGGUAUACAACAGAAUUUCAUGAGCUAGAGAAAAUUGGCUCUGGAGAAUUUGGUUCUGUAUUUAAGUGUGUGAAGAGGCUGGAUGGAUGCAUUUAUGCCAUUAAGCGAUCAAAAAAGCCAUUGGCCGGCUCUGUUGAUGAGCAGAAUGCUUUGAGAGAAGUAUAUGCUCAUGCAGUGCUUGGACAGCAUUCUCAUGUAGUUCGAUAUUUCUCUGCGUGGGCAGAAGAUGAUCACAUGCUUAUACAGAAUGAAUAUUGUAAUGGUGGAAGUUUAGCUGAUGCUAUAAGUGAAAACUACAGAAUCAUGAGUUACUUUAAAGAAGCAGAGUUGAAGGAUCUCCUUUUACAAGUUGGCCGAGGCUUGAGGUAUAUUCAUUCAAUGUCUUUGGUUCACAUGGAUAUAAAACCUAGUAAUAUUUUCAUAUCUCGAACCUCAAUCCCAAAUGCUGCCUCUGAAGAAGGAGAUGAAGAUGAUUGGGCAUCCAACAAAGUUAUAUUUAAAAUAGGUGAUCUUGGACAUGUAACAAGGAUCUCCAGUCCACAAGUUGAAGAGGGUGAUAGUCGUUUUCUUGCAAAUGAAGUUUUACAGGAGAAUUACACCCAUCUACCAAAAGCAGAUAUUUUUGCGCUUGCCCUCACAGUGGUAUGUGCUGCUGGUGCUGAACCUCUUCCUAGAAAUGGAGAUCAAUGGCAUGAAAUCAGACAGGGUAGAUUACCUCGGAUACCGCAAGUGCUUUCCCAAGAAUUUACAGAGUUGCUAAAAGUUAUGAUUCAUCCAGACCCAGAGAGAAGACCUUCAGCAAUGGCACUGGUAAAGCAUUCAGUAUUGCUGUCCGCUUCUAGAAAGAGUGCAGAACAAUUACGAAUAGAAUUGAAUGCUGAAAAAUUCAAAAACUCACUUUUACAAAAAGAACUCAAGAAAGCACAGAUGGCAAAAGCUGCAGCUGAGGAAAGAGCACUCUUCACUGACCGGAUGGCCACUAGGUCCACCACCCAGAGUAAUAGAACAUCUCGACUUAUUGGAAAGAAAAUGAACCGCUCUGUCAGCCUUACUAUAUACUGAGCUACUCAUUUCCCACCUCCCCCUGAACACUGUGACAAGAGGAAGCUAGGUUGAAAUCACUGAUAGAAUCCAGUUUGCAAUUACUUUCUCGAUUGGUGUCAGUAGUUUUACUGAUUAGGACUUUUAUUGUGAAUUACAGUUGAAAGCUGUAUUUUGACCAUUGCUAUGUCAGGCUUUCAUCUAAUCUUACCAGUCUGUCUUCUGUAGGAUGUGUCACUGUUGGAUGUUACACCAGCCUUUCCAGGGUUAACCACUGUGGUGGUGUGCUGCUUAUAGUUUGCUGUUGCAUUGUAAUAAAAGGUGUCUUUCCCUGUAGUGACCUGUAAAAAGUACUGAAGGGCUUUGUUACAGACAUACUCUCCCUUUGAAAAGGGACAUGCUAAAAGACUCGUUACUACUCAGCCUUCAGUGUACCUUUGUGUCCAUCUUGUAUUUUUUUAAAUUGUGAAUUAGACUUGUAUAUCCCACUGGGAGCACUUUGUAGGCAUUGCAUGAACCAUGGGAUGAUGAUUCUGUGGAAGUAUUGCCUUGUGAAUUUGCUGCUAUUUUAGUUUUGUCUUUGCUGUAAACUUGUAGCAUUAAACAAUCAUUGUUGUUAAUAGGUCUUCUUUUUGAAACAAUUAUGUGAAAUGUAUAGCUGCUUUUGAUGAAAAGCAGCUAUUUGCCUUUUUUUUUUCCUUUGAACUUUGAAGCUAGUGCAUUGGAAAAAUGCACCCUUUCCCCCCUUUGGAAUGCUGUAUUAAUGUAGUAUAAUAAUUACUGGUUUUGUAACUUGUUCUGGUAAUGUCCUUCCCUGACUCUUUUAAAAUGUCUCCCCUCAAGUUUUGUACUUGAUUGUAUUAUUAGUCUGUUUUUAAAUGUUUUGCCCGGUUUCUCUUCAAUAUUUGUGUAUAUAAACUGAUCUUCGUGAUAUUGUAUAUAGCUGUUUGAAAUGCCAGAAUGACUUCUGACAUUCCAAGUUUUUCACAAAAUAUAUUUUAUCUGUGAUUAGCCAUUUGACUAAUAAUACUGGCUAACAGAUGUUGAAAAAAAUUGUCUAUUGUUUGUUUUCUCAUUAAUUUUGGUCUAAAACAUGUUUGCACUUGUCUUUGACUUGUGUUUUAUUAACAUUGAUUGGCAUAUUAAAAGUCACUCUGAGCUUACCUUAAUUGUCUAAA